AAAUUGAAUCACUUCACUAGCAAAAUAUCACAAAAGCAAUACCAAACAAACAAUAUCAAAGAAAAAAAAGUGACAAGAAAAGUCUCACAAAAAUGUCAGGAAUCAUCAACAAGAUUGGAGAAACUCUUCAUAUUGGAGGAGGACACAAAAAAGAAGAUGAACACAAAGGAGAAAAAAGCCAUGAUGAUAAACAUAAGGGAGAAAAAAGCCAUGAUGAUAAGAACAAAGGUGAACACAAGGAAGGUGUAGUUGAAAAAAUUAAGGAUAAGAUCCAUGGUGGUGAAGAUCAUGAAUCUAAGGGUAAGGGUGAGAAAAAGGAUAAGAAAAAGAAGGAUAAGAAGAAGAAGGAACAUGGUCAUGAUCAUGAUAGUAGCAGCAGCAGUGAUAGUGAUUAGAUCUUCUAAUUUCUCUCUUUCUAUGUUAAUUAAGCGGUCUACAAUACCGUAUGAUGGGAGUCACUACAAGUUCUUCUUGCUUAUGAUGAUGCAGUGAUGAACUAAGAAUAAUUUAGAGAGAGAGAUUAUGGUCUAUUUCUGCUUUUUAUUAUUGUUUACUUAUUACUACUAGAUGCUAAUUUGUAAAACAACUCAUCGCUUUGGUUUAGUUUGGCUUGGAUGUAGAUUAGCAUAAAUAAAAUAUUUUAAUUAUUAGUAA